AUGAUGCCGAUCCCAGUGGCGAGAGUCGACUCUGACACUCAGAUGCAGGCAAUUAAAAGGAAUGCUAAAAAGGAACGCUCAAAGAUACACAAUUUCCCAUUGAAGGGUCAGGAAAUUGGCAGCAGCAUGACAGGCUUCGAAGAGGAUUUAAAAGAGUACGACAUUAUGGAAGAUUUAAAGAGCCAUGACUUGGUUCUUAUCAAAAAGAACGCUCAAAUAUCUACUCGAUACGAUAAGAAGGGGGAAUUGAGGUCCCGUUUCGGUGACAUAAGUUUCAAUCAGUCACGGUCGAUAUUUGACUCAUCAAUAAUGGAAACUCCCUUUCGGGGAUUCUUUAUUCUGGCAUGGAUGGCUGUGGGAAUGUUAGCUUUAAAAACAUUAGUGGAAUACGAAAGAAAUAACACAAGAAUUUACACCUCCAAUAUCAUCAGGAUAAUGCAAAAAGAUUUAAUCAAGGUCGGAUUUGCUGAUCUGUUGAUGUACCUUAGCAUGUAUGCUACGUUUUUCCUCCAAAAACUGAUUAAAAAUGGAUAUCUUGAUUGGGAUAAUACAGGCAUGUACCUGCAGCACGUUUACCAGUGCGGUUUCCUCUUUUUCUGGCUGCUGACAGCUAAGAGGAUGGAGUUUCCUUGGAUUGGAAAGAUUUUUUUAUUAUUGCACUCAUUGGUCAUGCUAAUGAAGAUGCAUUCAUACGCUUUUUAUAAUGGGUAUCUGUUCAAAAUCCAGAAAGAACUGGACUUUUCACAACGGCAUUUGAACAAUAAAAAGCAAAAAUUAGAUAAAGAGACCACUGCCGCUCUUCAAAAAUCAGUGGAGUUUUGCAAGUUUGAACUUACUAGUCAAAGCACCACAUCUCCGUUCCCAUCUAACGUGAACUUGAAAAAUUGGUUUUGGUACACCAUGUACCCAACCGUUGUAUAUGAGAUUGAUUAUCCAUUAACUAACGAGAUCAGGUGGAAGUAUGUUGGGACCAAGAUGCUAGGCAUCUUCGGUGUGAUUUUCUUAAUGAUUUUGGUUGCUGAAAGUUGGUUAUACCCGUUGGCUCUGGAAGCGAUCCAAUUGAGGAAAUUACCUGUGUCUCAAAGAGUUUCUCCAUAUGUCUUCAUUCUUUUGGAGAUGGCUCCACCAUUCUUGUUAAUGUAUAUGUUGGUGUUUUAUCUCAUCUGGGAAUUGAUAUUGAAUGCUGUUGCUGAAUUGACAGGAUUUGCAGAUAGAUCCUUUUAUUCGGAAUGGUGGAAUUCUGUCUCAUGGGAUGAAUUUGCUCGGGAUUGGAACUUGCCAGUUCAUCGGUUUUUGUUGAGACAUGUAUACCAUAGCUCCAUCAGCGCAUUUCAAUUGUCCAGGUACAAUGCGACCCUUUUCACAUUCUUGUUAAGCUCAUUCGUUCAUGAACUGACUAUGUAUGUGAUUUUUGGUAAGUUCAGAGGGUACUUACUCUAUUUUCAAAUGGCCCAAAUUCCUCUCACUUAUCUCUCCAGGACAAAAUUCAUGGCUGAUCGAAAAAUCCUUGGAAAUUCUAUUUUCUGGCUGGGAAUAUCUACUGGGCCAAGCCUCUUGUGCUCUCUAUACUUAGUGUUUUAA